AGAAAACCAAAAGGAAACGAACGGUGUUGAUAAGCCAGGCUCUCUCAUCUCCAUCGUCUCCGCUCUGCUCUCUUCUCCAGCGUCCGAUCUCUUGCCUUCUGCUCCCAGGAAGCUCGAUCGCGAAGGAUUCCUUUAACUCCCUCCUCACCUCGCGCCAUUUCCAUCAACCCAUCUCAUUCACCAGGGUUCCGUCUGGGUAACGAUGGCGGAGGCUCCGGCGAGUCCCGGCGGCGGCGGCAGCCACGACGAGAGCGGCGACCACAGCCCCCGCUCGCACGUCCGCGAGCAGGACAGGUACCUCCCCAUCGCCAACAUCAGCCGAAUCAUGAAGAAGGCCCUCCCCGCCAACGGGAAGAUCGCCAAGGAUGCCAAGGAGACCGUCCAGGAAUGCGUCUCCGAGUUCAUCAGCUUCAUCACCAGCGAGGCGAGCGAUAAGUGCCAGAGAGAGAAGAGGAAGACGAUUAAUGGCGACGACUUGCUCUGGGCUAUGGCUACUCUAGGGUUUGAGGAUUACAUCGAUCCGCUUAAGGUUUACCUUUCCAGAUACAGGGAGAUGGAGGGUGACACCAAGGGUUCGGCUAAGGUUGGGGAAGGUUCUGCUAGAAAAGAUGGUGUGGCGCUUCACCACGGUGCAAAUGCUCAGAUCGCUCAUCAGGGUUCUUUCGCCCAAGGCAUCGUUUAUCCGAAUUCUCAAGCUCAGCACAUGAUGGUUCCUAUGCAAGGCACUGAAUAGACGUGUCUUCCCAGAUGACUGGUGCAAUUCCUAGACGGCUACUCUCUAGAAUCUCGCAUCGCAUCCCCUACUACUUUAUACUGCAGCCGAUUUGCCCGAUUGGUGCCGGGAGGUGGUUCUUACUUAACUUAUUAUUAUUAUUAUGUCCUUGCUCGUAUUUCGACAUGUACGGUAUGUUUAGCAUAAAGAGUCCAGUAGAAUUUACUAGACGGGGAGGAAUUGUAAAUCAUGGUGAUGGAUCCUUAUUGUCCUUGGAUGCGAGUUAUUUACUAUUUUACGUGCUUUGUUCUUCAUUUGUUAUUAAAACUUCAGCACAAAAUACGCAUCUCAAAAUGCUUGGUGA